CUCAUUAGUUAGUUGUGAGCUUAACAUUUGCACGAAAGGGUUCACGUUCUCGAAUAGUUCUGCUCUCGCGCUGGCCGACUGAAUAACUUCUCUCGUGCAGGGGCCGCCGGCCCCGAAGCCUAGAAAAUGCAGCACGACGAGGUCAUUUGGCAGGUCAUCGGUCACUUCAACUGCAGUUAUCGCGCUAAGACGCAGACACAGAACUUUUGUAGAAAUGAGCACAACGUCACGGGGCUGUGCAAUCGCAGCUCCUGUCCGCUCGCGAACAGCCGCUAUGCGACCAUCAAGGAGGAGAACGGUCGCUGCUACCUUCUCCUGAAGACGAUUGAGCGGGCGCACACGCCAAAGAACUUGUGGCAGAAGAUUAGGCUGAAGAAGAACUACGCGGCAGCACUUGAGCAGUUGGACCAGCACUUACAGUACUGGCCCAAGUUCCUGGUGCACAAGAACAAGCAGCGCUUCACCAAAAUCACGCAGUACCUCAUACGCAUGCGGAAACUGGAGGUCAAAGCGCGGCCCAAGCUUGUGGGCAUCAACCGCAAGCUGGAGAAGGUGGAGCGCAAGCGGGAGGCCAAGGCGGAGACGGCGGCGCAGCUGGAGAAGUCCAUCGAGUCGGAGCUGCUGAAGCGGUUGCAGAGCGGCACGUACGGCGACAUCUACAACUUCCCCCUGGCGCAGUACAGCAAGGUGCUGGACAGCCAGGAGGUGAAGCAGGCGGAGGAGGAGCUGGAGGCGGAGGCGGAGGAGGAGCUGGACGCGGAGGAGUUCGUGGCGGGCGACGAGGACGACGAGGAGGAGGACGAGGAGGAGGAGGUGGAGUACCUGGAUGACGAGGACGUGCAGCUGGAUGAGGAGGACAUGGAGGACUGGGAGGACGGCGAGGACGACGACGACGAUGAGGAGGGCGAUGAUGACGACGAGCGGCCCAGCGGCUCGGGCGGCAGCGAGGAGGAGGAGCCGGCCAGCAGCAGUGGCGAGGGCGACGACGAGGAGGACGCGGACGAUGUGGAAGGAGGAUCGGACCAGGAGCCGUCGCCGUCACGGAAACGGAAAGCGGCUCCCCCGCGCGGGCCCCAGCGACCAGCGGCAGCGGCGGGCAGGGGCAAGGGCGCAGCGGCGGCGGCGGCAGGAAAGCGGGCAGCGCCGCCGCAGAAGCGGCGGCGACAGGUGGAAAUUGAGUAUGAGGAGGAGCGGGAACCGGUGCGGCAGAUGCACUAACGCAGCAGCUGUUGCAGGGGCGGCGGGAGCGGCAGGGGGGUGGUGUCGCGGUGGCAGAGGCUGCUGCAGGGAAGAGGCAAACAAUGUAUAGCUCAGCAAGUAGGGGUGCGUGUGUGUGAAUGAGAAUACCUGCUGAUGAUGAGGGCGUGGCCUUCGAGUUGAGGCAGUUAGGUUGUGUUGAGCGUAUGAAUGCAGAAUUGUAGAAUCGAGUAUAGUACGCAUGCGGUAAGCACGCAGGGGGCAUCGCGCAUAUGCACCCCCACGGGGGCAGUGCAUGGCAUGGACUAUGGAUUGUGUGUGCGUGCGUGGCGGAAGAAAGCACUGGGCAACUUCUUAUUGUGACGCACUUCAAGGAUAAGCAGUCUCAAGCUGUGUUGGCACAAAAUUCAGGGCAGUCCAAGGAAAUUCGAAGCAGGUGUGAGAAGGCGUGCGGCCAGGUGCGACGAAGCGUUCGUCCCUGCGUUGUACCAUCGUUCCGGUCUGAG